GGCGGGGCGUCGACACAGGACAGUGAACGCUCGAGCUGCAUUAGUGCGCCAUCGCGCUUUGAACAGUCAUGUAAUUCCAUUGAACUUGGUCCAUUGUUGUUGGAUGAGAAGCUCAACUUGGCGUUGAGGCUCCUGGGAUCCAAUACUACGAGCAAACAGUGGUCAAAUUGCAGAUGUUGAAGGCUGGACACUAUACUUUAAGGAUAAAAAUGGCCGUGUGUCCUGGAUUCUUGGAAGAAUUUUCAUCCUGACCACUGUCCUGGAUCUAUACCGUCAUAGGAAAAAGUGACUCAUCUCUUGGCAAAGAAAGACUUUGGUGAUUUUAUUUUUCUGUGGACGGUAUUUGAGAAGUCAUCAUGCCUAUUCUGAAGCAGCUUGUGUCCUCGUCCUCCCAGUCGAAACGGCAUUCUCGUGCUGACCUGACUGCGGAGAUGAUCAGCGCACCUCUGGGAGACUUCCGUCACACUAUGCACGUGGGUCGAGGAGGCGACGCGUUCGGGGACACCUCCUUUCUUAGCAGCCGCUCAGGGGAGCCACCAAAGGAGCCGGAGGUACAGCAGAGCUCACCUAAACAGAGCCUCCUUUCUCGUACUUUCCGAAGCAGCAAGCGCUCGCAGUCGGCCAAUCGUGACAAGCCUGACAUAUCCAAACUGGCGCCCACUGGUGGCUCGCCGAGUUAUGUAAAAAACGCAAUCUCACUGCCAUAUUUGAAUGACGAUGACACAGGACGAGGCACUGGAAUCCACUUUCCCAAGAGCGUGUCCUCAAGCCCUUUAAAUAAACUUCCAAAAGACCAAGUAAAGCCGCUUAAUGGAGCCACGGCGUCCGCUGUAUCAGACUUAGAGCUGGACGAGUGGAAUUUCGGAGAGCUGACUGACUUGCGUCCCUCGGUUCCUUACACCGGAGGCAUGAAACAUGCCGAGUCCAUCAUGUCCUUCCACAUUGAUCUGGGUCCCUCCAUGCUGGGUGACAUCCUGAGUGUGAUGGACAAGAAGGGCAUUGACGAUGACGAUCUGGGAUUUGAAGAGGGGAAGAGUAGCGAGGGACGCAGCUCGCCGCCCCAAAGCCCUCCCAACGAGGUGGAAGAAGAGGACCCUCUUCCUCCAAUCCGGCCCCCACGCCAAAGGCCAGGCACCAACCCUUACACUCCAGAGCUCCAAACCAGGAACCAUCAAAACCUGGACAGCUGUUCCCUCUCCAGUUCAGGGUCCACCGUGCUAGAUGAAAAAUCCCACAAUCAGAUGUAUGAGGGGAACAUGAACAACAUCAAGUACAGCUCACCUCGAGUUCAAGACGACAGGGACUUCUCCUACAUGGAUGAUGAUGACGAUGAUGAUGAGAUUAGGGUGUAAAGUGAACCAUAAGGUGCCAGAACAGUCUCUGCAAAGACUAAAAGAAAUGGUGGAGGUGGGUUGUGGUCAAUUAAAGCUCGUACACUGACUUGGAGGACUGAUUUUAUAAUGGAGAUGAAAGAGAAAACGUAUGUUUUAGCCCUUGCUAAAGGCUUUUUCACUACAUUUUCUAGAUCAGGUAUAUAAACCCUCUGUUACUAGUGACAUUCACCAGAGCCACCACAGCUGUGAGAGGAAUGUGCUUGCGUGUUUGCAUAUGCCAUGGCGAGAGAAUUCCAUUUCAAAUGGUAAUUACAGUCUCGUGAGUAUCAUUAAUGAAUUCCAGUGUUGACCACUUGGAAUGCUGAUACAGGAGGUUUGUUUGGAACCAAGCCUCACAUUCUCCCAUGAUCGACGCAGUACUCAUGCUUAUGCCUUUAAACUUUAAAAUAUAUAAAAAUACCAACGCCAACAGUCUUAAGUUUCCUACUGUAUGUUUUACAACUUUUGAUUCCAUCUUUAAGUUACAUCCUACAUUUUAACAUACUACAUACAAAACCAUAAUGAUCUAAAUGUUGAGAUGAUUGGAAUACCAUAAAUGUGUUUGGAGGGUCAACAGAACGCUUUAUCUCUGGCUUAUGUUUCCUUUUUCCCACCGAAAGUUGUUUAAGUUGUAGAUCUGGACUUUGUCAUGUGGUCCAUGCAUGUUUAAGAGGAUUUCCUGUCAGGUAUCAUAAAAUUCUCAAUCAUGGAGAUUUCAGAUUGAUGGGAUGCAGAAACCGAAAGCAGUGGUGAAGUCGCAUUACUUAUAGGCAGUAGAAUCAGUCCCAAGUGGAACCAGUUGUCAAUUUGUUUGUGUGUGUGUGAAUGAGGAUUGAUGUCAAGAGGGCUGAGGAGUGUGUUAUUUGAUUAUCAUUGUAAAGACUCAGAGAUGAAGAGUGCAGCUGUCUUAUUCAGCAUCUAACGUAGUGCCUUGAACUUCAAACUGUGCUCAUCAGCAGAAGUGGCUCUGGAGGGUUUUCAUCUCUGAAUGGCUUUCAUAGUUCUUUGUGUUUCUGUAUUUAGGUUUGAAGAGAGAUCAACACCCCAUGGUGAGACUGUAACUUGUAUAGCCACUCUGUGAGUUAGUGCCAUACCCUUUGCAUCAGUUAAAUGUAGACAAAAUUGUACUUUAUUAAAAUUCUUUAACAUGUAUAAAAUGAGCAAACUCGAUCCACCAUCCAAAUUUAUGUUACAGAGUUAUGUAAAGCUUUCACAAAUUUUCCUUAAAGGUGAAAUGUGUCAUUUCUGCACCAUCAGCAGCACUAAAAUGGAAUCUAAAAAAAACACAAAACUGCAGUUUUCCCCUAGUUGGAAUCUUUACAUAUUUUUCAAUUCCAUAACAACCAAUCAUGAGAGUUUGAAGGCGGGGCUACGCAUUUGUUUGACCAGUGGCAGUCUGGUAAUGCUUAAAACUGUAUUUUUGAAAUUCUGUUUAGUGCCACAGAAAUUACACACUUUACAUUUAGGUCUCUAUUAUGAGACUUUCACAAACUAUGCUAAUAGCAAAUGUGCCCAAAUACUGGCAAUAUACUUAACAUUAUUAUAGGCUGUGGUUUACCACUGAAAACAUAAACUAAUUACCAUCUACUAAAGCAAGUAUUAACUGUUCAUUGUGCACUUUCGGAAUUUAGAUUUUAUUUUAUUUUUCCCUAUGACACAAAGUUAUGUUUUGGGGAGAUAAUUUAAAAGCAUUCCACUCUUGAUAUAUGUACAUCAUGUUCAGUUAUUCAUUAGUCUUGUGAUUGAUUGUAUUGUUUAGUCAACAGUGUUGGCCCUGUAAUCUGACAUUUACUGUAUAUAAGCACACUGCACUCAAGAGAGCACCAUUUUGUAGAAUUAGUUAUUUUUGUAAACACUUGGUUUCAGUGGUACCUAAUUGUUUGUACAGAUCUCUCUGUGGCCUUUUACCUUCACUUUGUGAGCUUAGUUAGGCUUUACAUCAGCUUUAACACUCCCAAGACUACAGCUACAUUAUGUCCUUGCUCAACUGUCAGUGUUUUUUGUUGGUUUGUGAAAUCAGCAUGUUUGUACAGAGGAACAAGUAAGGUACGGUUUGUAAGAAAGAUGUUUGUAAUGCUGACUCCAUGUUUCCUAGAGUG